AUACACCAAUCGCAUUCCUUUUUCUCUCUUUCAGCAACACUUCGGGAUUAGUGGAUCUUCCUAUGGCAGGAUUUAGUCAUCGCACUGUAUAGAGGAUACGUGAAAGAUAAGUAAGGACAUGUCAGAGUAGUUAGAAAAUGACAGUUGUGGCGCAGAUGGUCAAAGUCCACUCGUGGGAGGCUAUGCACUUUGCAGGGAUUGUCUUCGUCAGUGUAAUCUCAAGAGGUGAGGCAAUUGGAUUCCGAGAGGGGUCUGCUUCAUCAGGGGGUCUAUAGCCUCGGUCACAGUGCUCUCCGUGCUCGAAUACAUGUUUUGUGCUCGGAAGAUUAUGAUUUGAGCACGAUGGAGAUACGCCAGGAGAUGAACGGCCUUAACGACGAGGUGGCCGGGACCGAGCUGGAGGUCCAAAUGAUGGCUGAGAAUUUGAAAAACAGCAUUCCCGUACCCAAGCCCGUGUCGGACCAUUUGCAGUCAAGGAAGGGCGAAAUAUACAAGUGGUUCUCGUCAAGGCCGAACGGGAACUCGAGGAGGUGCCUGUCGAAGCAGAAGAACGUCGAAAUGAUACGCAACCAGUCGUUUGAAAGCGUGAUGCGAUGCGGUUCGCUCAUCGGAAAGAUAACGACCGCCCUGCUCGACAAGGCAGCCUUGCUCAAAGGCCUUGUAAACAGGCAAGUCGUGGCGUCGUUCAACCUCACUAUGCCCUGCAUUGCGCUUUCGAAGAAGGACGAUUGCCUCGGGCAGGCUCGCGAACAGGUGAAGCAGCGCCGCGAAUCGGUCGAAGCCGCCUUAAAACGGUUCGGCAUUUUCAAACGGCUCAAGGAGCGCGAGGCAGAGAUCAACUGCGAAAUGUGCCGGUCCAUCACAGACCUUUAUCGGCAAGCUCAGGAAGAUGAAGAAUCUUCCUUGAAAGAGUGCAUCAAAGAAGAUGAAAAAUACGAAAAUACAACGCCACAGCCUGACCAAGAAUGAAAUAACAUUUAAAUAAAAAUAAAAAAUUAUGUAACAGAAUAUAUAUUUUCCAAUAUAUUGAAAAUUGUUUGGAUUCUUUUCUUCCUCUAGUCUUCUUGUACAUUCGUUCAUUCGUACAUUCUCGACCUUCAUCCAUCAAUCAAUCAAAAAUUAAUUAAUAAACAAGACGC